CCGGGUCUGAGGGCUCCGCUCCCCCCGCACAGCCGGGUCCGGGUCGGAGUCCGAAUCGGAGUCCGAGUCCGGGUCCGAGUCCUCCUUUCUCCGCUCCCUGAGCGCCGAGUCCUGCCGACCUCUCUCAGAGCCGAGCGGUCAGAGAUUAGUUCUUUGUCCCGUCCCUGCUGAUAUCUGGGAGCUGCCUGUAUUCACGGGUUUGCCGAAGAAAUAUAGUUAUUUUGUUUUGUGGAGUAACACUGAUUCUGAGAAAUGGACAACAACGUUUAUCAAGUUUAUGAAGAUGAAAUCCAGGCACUGGAAGAAGAAAUAAAACUCUUGACAGAAAAGUACGAAGAUAUCCUGCGAGAAUCCACCUUUUUUUCUGAGGAGGAGAUAUUGAAGUCAAUAAAAUCAUUCCAAAGAGAAACGCAGGGAGAAUCUAAGGGACAUGAAUCUCCGUCAGACCUGAAAGCUCAGCUUGAAAAUCUAGAAACAGAUCUGUCCUUUUUGAUGAAACUUACUGGUUUUCAGUUCACAAGUCAUUCCAAGAAAACAAUGGAAAAAACUAGAGACAGAACAGUGCAGAAGCACAGGUUGUCCGGGAAUUGUCACUCCCUGUCUUUUCAACUGGAAUUCCAGCUUCUUGAAGUGCAAAGCAAAGAGAAGGUGUCUUCUGUUAUUACUGAUCUCAACAUUAUAAUGGAAUCUGGAGAAGAUUCUGGUAUAAGCAAGUUUGUGUCAAGGUAA